AUGGGGUUAAUUAUAGCUUCAAACCACCAUCAUGGGACCUACACAUGCCGCGCCCACAACCUGUUUGGCACCUCCACACAAGAUAUCAGCAUCAUGAUAAAACGUAAGUAAAGAUUUGCCGUUUAUAAUUAUUUUGUUAGAAGCGUGGAACGAACAAGUUUUCUUAAGAAGAAGAGAGAAUAAAUGAACUUUGUGUUAGACCGUUCAGCAGAAACUAAUGCCAUUCUCUCAGCAUAACGUAACAGACGAGUACAGCUCCUUAUCCUAAACUAGAGAGGAGGGUUGUUGAUGUCCAGAGACUAGCUUCUUAAAUUAUGACUGUUUUUAAAAGGGCCCAUGUUAUAUCUAUUCCAUCUUUUAAAAAAGCUAAAAUGUGCCUUCAUAUCAGUUGCAUUACAAAAAUAAUGGCCCAGUUUUGCCAUUUAAAACUAUAUUUAGGUAGGGAAACUGUUUCCUGUUGUCUUUUGCAAAGGAUGGCAAGGAUCAGCAAUGGAUUGAAACAUGGCCGAAAACUUAGCCCAACCUUUUUCAAGCUUUAAUGUUAUGCAGGUAAAAAAGCAGCAAUUAAAGGAGCUGUGUCUCGAAAUUCAGCCAAAUUAGGAAAUUACAAAAUGCCCUUUAAAUUAAGAGAAACAUAAAAAUAACCGCUUAUAACUUUAAAGGAAGGUUAAAAUAACAUAACAGAAACAACAGAUGCCACGGAUGGGCAAAACUGAAGAAGGCUGAAACGGAUUGAAAUUAGGGUUUUUGAAAACUGUUCAGCCUAACUGUUUUUCAAAGUUGAUGCCUGCUACUUGCAACUUCAAAAAUAAUGCUCAGGAGACAUAUUUUUUUGUCUCAGAUCUCUGAUUUUGUCAUUUACAUGAGAUUUCUUUGCUUUCUUUAAGUUCCGUAGCGAUUGAGGGCGAGUAAUUGACAAAAUUAAACAAAAUGAACUGGACUGCCGUGAAACAGCCCCUUUAAAAAUAUCAAGGUUAACACUGCUCUCUGGUUAAAUGGGUCUAAGUAAUGACAUCAGCACGGAAUUAGCAUAGAACAGCAAUACCCUCGUGACAUAGUCCGAUCUCUUUAAGACGAGAAGGAAAAGGGGGAGUGCUGGCGUUGUAAAGAUACACGAUUUUCUUAUCUGAUUAAUUUCUUGGUAGUGGUAACAGAAGAAAUCUUCCUACCCAAUGAUAUGGACCAGUUUGCUGCUGUAGCAUUGGAAGGCAAGAAUACCACAUUAGAAUGCACUUGCCAACCGAACAAAUGUAAUGAGGACAGUGCUUAUGUUUACUGGAAAUUCAAAAAUCAUUACGUGAAUCAAUCAGCAAGGACCAUGGUAUCUAAGAGAGGUCUGGACAACGGCCCGGUUAAGAUUGUGCUGACCAUACUCAACCUUUCGAAGGAUGACGAGGGGGAAUACUUGUGUGGAAUAAACACCACUCAGGGAUUUGCAGAAAAGCAAUCAAAGCUGCACGUCUUAAAAAAAGGUAGGAUAUUUUUCUUUAUAUUACAAAAAUAAAAUAAAAUAAUGAUUUUAUCUAAAAACUAUUUUUUCAAAAACUUCUUUUGCGCCUCGAUGCAGGGUCUUUACCUUGUUAGUCCCUAAAAAGAACUUUUGCUUAGUUGGUCCCCAUAAAUUAUGUAAGACGUUUCUUUAAUCUUGGCAAAAGCUCACAAUUGUGGUAAUAUUUUUGGAUGAAGUCAAUGUGCGGUACCAAAUAGAUAUUUUACGUAUAUAUGAUCAUACUACGACUAUCGGUUUUAUUUUUCUGAUAAAUGGUAUGAUUAACAAGUAAAUCAAUCACGGUUAGAUCUCACUCACAAAAGUUUAAAUCUCUUCGCAGGUUCUUUCCCUUCCGUUCUGCCAAAGAACGUUUCUGUAAAGCUUCAUACUUCUGCGACACUAUCAUGCACAGUCAUCUAUCCUAAUGUCCUACUGACUACAUCGCCGUUUAUUUACUGGAAAGUCAACCACACAUUUAUUAGAGACAGUUCUAAGGAUUACAAAAUGAGAGAUGGCAUUCCGCGCAAUCAUCCCAGUUUGUCUAACACAAAAAGAAAACUCCUCAAGCUUGAAAUCUUUAACGUCAGCAUGCAGGACUUGGGUUGUUAUUAUUCCUGUGGCGUGACAUUCAAUAAAGAUAUUUUGGUCGAGGGAGCAAAAAUCUGCGUGCUCCGGUUCCCCAAGGAAGAAGCAUCAGGUAUUUUAGAAAAGUAAUACGUGUCAACGAAGUUGGCUGGAAAUUGCUAAAUCCUAAAUGUGUUUUCAAACACCGAUUUUAAAAGGGUUAAAAAGUUUGGGGUCUAGUGUAAACACGGUAUAAUAAGUCGCCAAUGAAAAUAUGAUAAAGCCAGUAGUCCGCGAACCCGAGCCUUGUGCCUGCUACUCCACUAUAUGAUGUGCCUCGCCAUCCCAAACAUAACCAGGCUACUAGUGAAGUUGAAGUUGAAGUAGUGAUGGUAUCUACGCUUUACGAAAAGUUUUGGUAUUUGCAGGUGUACCGUUAGUGCUUUGAAAACUUGCUUACUUGUAAAGAUUGCCACUUAGUGAUUAUGAAUGUCAUAGAGUCGAAUAAAAUACAGUCAAACAUUACAAAAAUACUUAUUUUAGCAUAUGAAUACGUCACAGAGACAAUACAUAUCAGUAAAACACAAAUCAAAGCCAGAAAGGUACAUUGAGUGCAACCGUAUGAUGUACGGCCCAAUCAGGCGUGAUCUUUUUCUAACUAAAAUCCCCAAAAUGUACCCAUAUUCAGUUUGGUAAAUUCCAACUGAUCCAACGGCUAAAUUUUAUAUCUUCUUUUCCUUUUUCAGAUGUAACAAAUGAAGCAGCAACUAAUGAUGAAGGUGAACACCUUAUGUUGACUUUUAUUUGAAGGGACAAUGUCAGUUAGUGACUGUUGGUUCCCUUACGAGCAGGGCAGGAGGUUGGACCAUCAGUGCAAAAACGUGACGGGGGUUGGGUGGGGGCUCUCGUUUACGCUUUGCUCGAUGCUUGCUUCGUUCAUUUUAAUCUAGGUCUUGACGUACUUUUUAAUUAUGCUCAAUUUAAGGCAGAAAACGUAAUUCGAACGCAUGUGUUAGAGAUGAGAAGCAUAAAGGAGCAGGAAAAUUUAAAUAGUUUGUCAGAAAACAGUCGGUACCUCACGCAACGACAUCGUCAAAUCAGGCGAUGUUUUCGGUAGGACAUCGGCAAACUACGAAUUUUCUUUUGUUCUCUUUGGACUUGAAUGCGAUUCGCAAAAAAAUUGCCUCACUUUAUCAAUUUGAGUAAGAUGGAAUAAUUGCAAUGAAGUUUGAAAGAAAAGAAACUGUUGCGUACUGGUAAGGGCAUUUACCUCCCACCAAUUUAACCUGGGUUUGAAUCCUUUAAGCGGCGCCAUGUCUGAGUUGAAUUUGUUUGGCUCUCGCCCUUUAUUGGAGAGGUUUUUUUUUUCUAUUAUUUAAUUUCAAUUUUUUUUUACCAGGUUCGACCGAGUACUCCGGUUUCACCCCCCUCCCCCGUCCUUAAAAUGCUUCCAAAUUUUAAUUCGAUCCCGAUUGGGAGAGGAAGAAUCACAUUGUGGAUGUACUACAGCUCUACCAUUAAAUCAUUAUAUUUAUUUGUUUUAUCCCUCGCUUUUGGGCCCGGAAAACACUUCACUGUGAGCCACCUUUAAUUAUUGCAAAAUUUUAUGCAACUGUCUUUGCCUGCCGUAUACUUAAAUCCGACGCUUUCUCUUUCUGAGACGAUGGAUCUGGUUGGGAGAACUUGAUAGUUGUUCCUGUUUCCUAGCUGUCGGACGUUUACAUUUUGAUUGCAAAAGUGUAGUCACAAUAAAAUGUCUUAGAAAUUUAUUUGACUGUACAUUUCUAGGCAUGAAGGGAACUGCUAUCGCCCUCAUAGCAAGUGCCGUUUUCAUCGCCUUAGCUGUUGUUUGUGCAGUUAUUCUUGUGACGUCUGGUGUUGUUCCUUGCUGUCGAAGAACUACAUCUACUAAACUUACAGAGGACACAACUUUGUAAGUGCAAAGUGCUCCUUUGAAAGGUGUUGAUUCUUGCGGGAAAGAAUCAAGUUUAUAGCAGUAACUACAGGACCAAUGGAAUUUGUUUUCUACGAUUUGUUCACGUACAGAAGCAAAGAAUUUUACAAGUACACAUUAUAUAUAUUUUCAAGGAAGUCCAAAUCACGCUUUACCGGGACAAAUAAAAACCAUAUCGAAAGAAGCUUUCUUCACAUGCUUAAGUAAGGGAGGCUGGAAUAGCUAGCCGGCCUUCUUCUGUCCUAUUCUGACAGUGUAGUAGUCAAGCUCAUUCAAAACAAAUCUGAGUAACCAGUCUGAUAAACAUUAGAGAGCUUUAGAUUUGAGGAAGAGUAAGAGUACAAGAUUUAACUGAACGUUUUUGCAGGUCUUCUCAGAAAAAAGACUCCCCAGAAAGCUUCAUUUUACCUUUUUUCACCAAAAAAGUUAGUACUAAACGGUCCCGACAGAAAUUUAUACUGAAGGAGGUUAAGCCACUACGACAUUCCCGAUUCAACAAAAGACGUUUUAUCAUAAAAACUUCGUUACAUUUGAUAAACGUCUGAGACGUCUAAUUCGUUUUGUUCCCGCCACUGACGACAUUCUCGCUAAAACUCGUAAAACGGAGAAUGACGAUUCUCGCUAAAACUUCAUUGUAGUUUUCCCCCCCAAAAUAACGCUGGUUCACCUGUGAGCUAUGCUCAGUGUUGAGAAAAUCUCGCUACUCAUAUAAAAAAAUCCGGAAAUUUCGGUGGGAACAAAAAUGGACUUCCUGAUAGGUAAAAAGUUGUUACAUUUGAUCGUAAACCCCGGUACGGCACCGAGCCCGUUACCCGACAGGACACCAAGAUGGCUGUCUAGUUGGUAACAAUUUGAACUGGUAUAAAGUACGAGAAACGUGUAAAGGGAACACGAAAUUCCGUUCGGAACGUUCCAACUGGGAAAACGGGCCUACCUUUUUAGACUUUCCACUUUUUCCGGGAAUCGGUUUCCAGUGGAACGAACCGACGAAACGUUUUCCAUUUUUUGCCGAACCGAAAUUUCCGGAAAUUUUGACUAAAUGGAAAGCGCCCGUAGUCGUCCUCGUCUCAGAAUCUAUAGCUCUCUAUUGUCUUUUCGGCUACGUCCAGUUUUUGAAAACGCGUACUUUUUACACGAAUCGGCUUUCUUCCUCCUCGUGUGAAUCCGCACACCAAAGCCACAUUGUUUUGAAACCGCUCUCCAGAGCUGUUUAAGGCCGUGCCUACGCGA